AUGGCUGCAGAUCUGGGCAGGUUUGUGUGGCGGGCGGAUGCGAAGCAGGAGGGACUAUUCUACACGGCAAGGGCGCUGAAGGAGCGACAAGGUGGGAGCCAAUGGCGGAAGAAGAAAACCAAAAAAUUUCAGCAUGCGUUGCUAGCAGAAGAAAAAAAUGUUGCCAAGCCCGAGCUGGCUAGCUCCUCUGCUCUGGAAGCCGAGAUAAAGAGACGAUGUCAGCCAGGCUUCUUCGUUCCCUGCCGAUACCUGCUACCGUGCCAGCAGUACAUGGAACUGUACCAGCGAAGGGCUAAAGAGGAACGAGAACAGCCUCACACAGACGACAGAAGAUGCAGGUGCCGAGACACCGUACCGGUGGCAACCGGCGGAUGUAAAAGGGGACAUCCUCUCGAAAUGUUCGGCGUUUGGGAAUAUGGCGAUUGCUCGGUGUGCAACCCCCAUUCCGCGCGAUUUGGAGACGAUCACGCGACACAUGACACAGUGCUACCUGGCCAGGGUUCGCUAGACCGAGACAGAGCGGAGGAUGGUCAGGCGAGCACGAGUGGUACGGGCCUUUCGGACAUCUCGUGGGGAGAGUCGUUUCGCCAUCCAGAAGCGCUAGCCCGAGCAGGCGCACAGAUGGAGCAAGCAGAAAGCUGGGCGGGAUAUCCACGAGGGCGAUACCAGAUCAACGUAGAGAAGCCCGAGGGAUCCGAGGACGAUUUGGAGACGUUUGACUAUGACAUCUCUCCGAAGAGUCCAUCAUCGGCUUCUAUAUUUGUCGACGACGACACCUCGUCCCAUACUCCGCGAAGACACCGUUUGUUUACCGGUGAAACAGCGGACGUGACAAACGUGUCAGGAACCGUAGGAUCCUCUGGCCGUUGGCGAGCGUCACCCGCAGCCAACUCCAGAUAUACUGGCGAAUUCGGAGCGACUUCCUCACGGUACGGCGACCUUAGUGGUGUGGAGAAGUACACGGCCAACAUGCAGCAGGCGGAUUUCGAUCGAUUUUUUUCACUUAUCCUCUCAUGCCGGCGGCUCGAGAAGAACAUUGAGUCGCAGAACUUACAGCUGGAACUUUACGAGAAAGGGUACGGACAAAAGGUGAUUGAAGAGGUUCUUCGAACUCCCGCAGUGAGCUCGGGGACUACCGCGAAGAACGAGCCGGCACGGAAACCCGCCACACAAGAGGGAAGGCGCACAAUUUUGGGCAAAUGCCAACCACCGAGGGAAACUGCACUUGGCAGCAAGUCACCCGCGAACUCCUUUCGGAUUGGUGCCAAACAAGCAGGGGCUCCAGUGGCGCGCCAGGGCUUGCAGACUCCUCAAGUCCCAUAA